AUGUUCGAUCCACAGCCAUAUCGGGAUGUUAGAUUUCGAAUUCCCGUCCAAUGUAUCUGGCUAAAGAUGAACGGGUCCUGGCCAUUGGCAGUUCCUGGGCAUAAUCAAAAUCGGUUUUCAUUUCAACGGUCCAUUUUUGCCAUGGCUUAUUCAAUGUGGGCGUGGUAUGUGAUUAUAUCCGUGUGCAUAACGAUUUGCUUUCAGACUGGAUUUUUGAUCAAUCAUUUCGGUGAUAUCAUAAUGACAACGGAGAAUUGCUGCACAACAUUUAUGGGAGCCUUGAAUUUUGUGAGAUUGUUGCAUUUGCGUCUAAAUCAGGACAAAUUUCGAAAGAUUAUAAAACAAUUUGCCCAUGAUAUUUGGAUACCAGACAACGCUCACUUCAAUAUCUCACGAGAUUGCCGUAAACGUAUGACUACAUUUAGUAUUAUGACGGGUCUUCUAUCUUGCCUGAUACUUAUGUACUGUGUCCUGCCAUUGGUGGAACUAUUCCUUAUUGUGGGUCUGGAUGCAGAGGUGAAACCGUUCCCCUAUAAAAUGCAAUUCCCAUUUAAUCCAUACUCAAAUUGGAUCAAGUAUAUCCUUACCUAUCUGUUCACCUCAUACGCUGGCAUUUGUGUGGUCACCACAUUGUUUGCCGAGGACUCAAUUUUUGGUUUCUUCAUCACCUAUACAUGUGGACAAUUUCGUUUGCUCCAUGAGCGUAUCGAUCAGUUGAUGGUCACAAGUGAUUUAAAAUUCCAGCAAGAAUAUGUCAAGGAUCAUCAUCACCGUUGGCAAAUACAAGAGUUGCAGCAAAUUGCCAAACAGCAUAAUAGACUUAUUUGUUUUGCCAAACGUUUGGAGGACUUUUUUAAUCCCAUAUUACUGGUAAAUCUAUUAAUCUCAUCCCUUUUAAUAUGCAUGGUGGGCUUUCAAAUAAUUACUGGUAAAAACAUGUUCAUUGGCGACUAUGUAAAGUUCAUUGUCUAUAUAUCGUCGUGUCUAUCUCAGCUUUAUAUACUUUGUGGCAAUGGCGACACGUUGAUUCAACACUCUACUAUCACGGCAUGGCAUCUUUAUGCUUGUCAUUGGGAAAGUACAAGCAAAACGCAAUCCUCCUUGUGCUCACCAACCAACAAGGAGUUUCGCACGAAUUUGCAAUUUAUGAUAUUGUGCAGCCAACGUCCUGUACGAAUAACAGCUUUUAAAUUUUCAACAUUAUCACUUCAGAGUUUCACGGCGAUACUGAGCACAUCAAUGAGCUAUUUCACAUUAUUACGAUCACUCUACUAUGAUAAUAGUCCAAAUAACUAAAGAUUAAAAGGGAAACAUUGUUAGAGGAACGUUUAUGAUGCCA